GUGCAAAAAGGCAGCUCACGUAAUCAUCGGUGGUAAUACCGCGCACCAGACCACAAGUGGGGCUGUCACUACUGCAGCGCCUCAUGCAAACUUCAUCUCCGAAUUCCUGCAGUUUUUACAUUCAACUAUGCUGAAACUUCAGGAGUACACCGCAUGGAUUUCGGUUGAUGGCCAGCCGUUGGAUACUUACGCUGUGGAGACAUCUCUGGCGACCAACGAAGUGACAUGCUGGAUCCCAUCUGAAGCUGGCAAGGAGUUUUCUGUGCAUUGUCAAAACACUUCUGCCCCUGGUCUCGAUACCAUCGGUGCAUUCGUUUAUAUUGACGGACAGGGGUGCCACGGUAGCUUGUUCGAGCGCUGGAACGUGAAUCAUACUGUCAAGUUCAGUCACGCAUUUGUUUCGGAUAGGAUCACCAAGCCAUUCGUAUUCUCAACUGUCCGGCUGACAGAUGAAGAUGAAUUCGCGGAUGUAUCAUCAGCCGACUUAGGACAAAUCCAAGUCAGAGUUUGCAAAGUGGUACUCGGCGAAUACUACGAUCCUGCCCAGAACCAGCUUCAAACUGAACACAAGGUGCACGAGCGGUCGAAGAAAGCAGUGACACACUGUGUUGGGCUUGGUAAGGAAACUAUGAUCCCACAAACAAUGUUGCGCAAGUCACAGUCCAUUGGUCAACCUCUCGCAAAAUUCACAUUCAAAUACAGAGACCGAAGUUUGUGUUAUGUGUUUUACUCUUUACUGCGUUCACAGCAUCUUCUGGUAGAUCUUUUGAAGGCGAAUGGAAUUGUACCAGUGCCAGCACCCCUGAAGCGCAAGGCAUCUCAGGAAAUCAUUGACCUCACUGUUAAUGACGUCCAGGCAGGGAGCAGCAGAUCCAAUGAUCCAGUCCGAGGAGAACACAACUCGCAGAGAACAAAAGAGACGGAGCACAGGAGCAAGAAGGUCAAGCAAGAACAGAAGCCCGGUGUAUUCGUAGAAGUCAUUGAUUUGACGUAGCUCGUGUAUUGCACGAGUUAAAACCAAUGAGAUUGAUGGCUAUUUAAAUAGUAAGUGUGCCAUCGCUGUGGAUCACUUCGUUGCUUCUUCAGCCAUUUUUUCUGUGCUCC